AUGAAGAAUAUACCCGCAAGCUUUGAACGCAAUGCAUCCAAGCAUCCUGGCCGUACUAUGGCUGUUUCUUCCCAUGCUCUGCCUCAGUGCGAGAAACGCAACGGUUCGACUGACCAGGCUUGCCUAACGCCUCCUGAACAGCUCGCCGCUACAGCCUUUCGGUUGCGAGUUCUUAUUGACUUCCUCGAGAGGUCUCCGAAGCGAGGAGACCGGAUCUCUGGAGAUGAAAAGGUGGUUCUGCGCACCUUCGAGACCGUCUUUGGCCAGGUCUGGUGGGCGCCGACGAACGAUGAAGCCAAAAUGCAAAACAAGCAAGCAAUCAUUCGUGUGAAGAACUUUGCCCGUAAGGACCGGGUCUCCUUGCCCGGCAAUGCGUUUUUCUUUCCCUUGUCGUCCCAUUUGGCUUCUGAAGUUGAUUGCUUGCUGAUAUUGCGUACCUUUAGACAUCGCGGCGGCGGUGUCCAGGAGACUAUCGCUGCAAGACACCACCCGCCAUGA